AGAUACAUUCCCAAUACCAUGCCAUUCGGGCUGCCACCAUGUGCAGCCUCUGCCAGCGCAGUUUCCGUACAUUCCUUGCUCUCAAGAAACACUUGGAAAAUGGCCAUCCUGAGUUGAGUGAGACUGAAAUUCAACAGGUUUGUGAAAGCUUGUCCCUCAAUGGUGAGCUUUGUUCAGAAAGUGAAGACAGAGCUCUUGAAGAGGCACAAGCUUUGGAACAGGAACAUGACAAAGAGGAAGACAUGGAUCAGGAAGGAAAAGCAAGUCCAGCAGGGAGUGACAGCAGUUCUCUUCCAGACGAGCUGGGUUACGAACAAAAGCGGACUUUGCCUUUUAGAAAAGGCCCAAAUUUUACUAUGGAAAAGUUUUUAGAUCCUUCUCGUCCAUACAAAUGCACAGUUUGUAAGGAAUCAUUUACUCAAAAGAACAUUCUGUUGGUUCAUUAUAAUUCAGUCUCCCACUUACACAAGCUAAAAAAAGUUUUGCAGGAAGCCUCCAGUCCUCUUCCACAAGAGACUAAUAACAGCAUUGAUAACAAACCCUACAAAUGCAAUAUUUGUAAUGUUGCUUACAGCCAAAGCUCAACCUUGGAAAUCCACAUGAGAUCUGUGCUACACCAGACAAAAGCCAGAACUGCCAAGUUAGAAACUAGCAGUAGCACUGCUAUUGGAAACAGCGGUAUGGCACCUGCAAGUAGCCCAGUUUCCAUUAGUCAAGGAAAUGUAGAUGCUGCAGGUUUACCAAUGUUCAGUAAAAAAGACAACAAUGUAGAUGCCAAAGAAAUAAACAAAAAGCAAGCUUCUGAUCUAGUUUCUGCUCAAGCCACUCAUCAGCCUCCCCCGUCACCAGCACAACUUCAGAUGCAACUGCAGCAUGAAUUACAACAGCAAGCUGCUUUCUUUCAGCCCCAGUUUCUAAACCCAGCAUUCUUACCUCACUUUCCAAUGACCCCUGAGGCUUUAUUGCAGUUCCAACAGCCACAGUUCCUGUUUCCAUUUUAUAUCCCUGGGACAGAGUUUAAUCUCAGUCCUGAGUUGGCAUUGCACUCUGCUGCAUUUGGGAUGCCAGGAAUGACCGGAUCAUUACUGGAAGACCUGAAACAACAGAUGCAGCAACAGCACCAGUUGGGGCAGCAACAGCUGCAGCUCUUGCAACAGCAGGCCCCGCAACAACAAACUUCUCAGUCACAAAUGCUGCAUCAGAAACAGCAGCAACAAAGUAGCAAACCUGCUAAAAUGGAGCAAAGUAACAUAGUUGAAUCUGAAAUUCAGAUGUCCAAGGAUGCUGAAGAACAGUUAGAAAAGCAUGAAAGCAAAGCCAGAUAUGACUGCCUAACUGACAGUGAAGUCAGAAAAGAAAACAAAGACAGCACAAAACAAAAGUCGUUAGAGCCAGUCAUUCCACCCCCUCGCAUUGUCUCUGGUGCAAGGGGAAAUGCAGCAAAAGUUUUGUUGGAGAACUUUGGCUUUGAACUGGUUAUCCAGUACAAUGAGAACAGGCAAAAGGUUCAGAAGAAAGGCAAAACUGGUGAGGAAGAGAUUAUUCAUAAACUUGAAUGUGGAACAUGUGGAAAACUAUUUUCCAACAUCCUUAUUUUAAAGAGCCACCAAGAACAUGUCCAUGGACAGUUCUUCCCAAUUGGAGAGCUGGAGAAGUUUGCAAGGCAGUAUAGAGAAGCCUAUGAUAGACUGUAUCCGAUUACUCCCUCAUCUCCAGAAACUCCUCCGCCGCCACCACCACCACCACCACCACCACCAUCAACCCCACCACAUCCACAGCCCUCUUCUGCUGGAACUGGAAAAGCCCAGACUCCCACUCCUGUACCUUUGCAAGCUCCACCUCCACCACCCCCACCCCUGCCUCCUCCACCACCUCCUGCUCCACCCCAGGUCCAGUUGCCUGUUUCGUUGGACUUGCCUCUUUUCCCACCACUCAUGAUGCAGUCUAUGCAGCACCCAUCCAUGCCUCCACAGCUAGCCCUUUCACUUCCAACAAUGGAUUCCCUAUCCGCAGAUCUCACACAGCUUUGUCAGCAGCAGUUGGGCUUGGAUCCAAAUUUCCUAAGACAUUCUCAAUUUAAACGUCCUCGCACUAGGAUUACAGAUGAUCAACUAAAAAUCCUUCGUGCUCACUUUGACAUCAAUAACUCACCGAACGAAGAGCAGAUCCAAGAAAUGGCAGACAAAUCUUUCCUCCCACAAAAAGUUAUCAAGCAUUGGUUUCGCAAUACUCUUUUUAAAGAGAGGCAGCGAAGCAAAGACUCUCCUUAUAACUUUAACAUUCCUCCUGUCACCACGUUGGAAGACAUUAGACUUGACUCCCAAUUUAGCGCUUUGGAAUAUUACAAGACAGAUGCAACCAUGAACAAGAGAUCGUCUAGAACGCGGUUUACAGACUACCAGUUGAGGGUCCUUCAAGACUUUUUUGAUACCAAUGCUUACCCUAAAGAUGAUGAAAUAGAGCAGCUUUCUACAGUUCUCAAUCUGCCAUCUCGAGUGAUUGUUGUUUGGUUCCAAAAUGCCCGCCAGAAAGCCCGCAAGAGUUACGAGAAUCAGGCUGAUGCUAAAGAUGAGAAAAAGGAGUUGACCAAUGAACGCUACAUUCGGACCAGCAACAUGCAGUAUCAGUGUAAAAAAUGUAAUGUGGUCUUUCCACGCAUUUUUGACCUAAUUACUCAUCAGAAAAAACAGUGUUACAAAGAUGAAGAUGAUGAUGGCCAAGAUGAUAGCCAAACAGAAGAUUUCAUUGAUGCCAAUGAGCACAUGCGGUCAAAGCAACCAUCCAUGUCAGGGCAAAUGGAUCCAUCCAGACCUUUAGGAGCAACUGCCAGCUCUGGCUCUGGCUCGAGUACUCCUUUAAUGCCUUCCCCUAAACCAGAAAUGGGUAAAACUUCACCCAAACCUGACUUUCCAACAGAAAAACCAAAGCAAACUGAGGCUGUUCCAACCUCGCAAGUGGCUAAGACUAUAGCUUCUUCUGAGCCACUACCACCCCAGCCUUCAACACCUCAACCCCAACAGCAAAAACUACCCCAGCAGCAAAUGGUUAGACCUCACUCUCAACCUCAGAACACAGCCAUCCCUUCUAGCCCUCUGUCCAUUGCCGUCACCUCUUUGCAGAACAGUCUACCUCCUCAGAUGUUACAAUACCAAUGUGACCAGUGUAAAAUUGCCUUUCCAACUGUAGAACUUUGGCAGGAGCACCAGCAUAUGCAUUUCCUUGCGGCGCAAAACCAAUUCCUUCAUUCACAGUUCCUAGAGAGAACAAUGGAUAUGCCCUACAUGAUCUUUGACCCCAGUAACACACUUAUGACUGGGCAGCUGCUCACUGGAGCUCUCUCACAGAUGCCAUCACAGACUAGCUCGCUUUCCACACCCCCUGGUACAGGUUCGGGUUCCUUGAAACGCAAACUGGACGAAAAAGAGGAAAGCAGUUCCAAUGAAAAGGAUGGAGGAAACAGUGGUGAAGAUCAGCAUCGAGAUAAACGUCUCAGAACCACCAUCACCCCAGAGCAGCUGGAGAUCUUGUAUGAGAAGUACCUACUAGAUUCCAAUCCAACAAGAAAAAUGUUGGAUCACAUUGCUCGAGAAGUUGGCUUGAAGAAAAGAGUUGUCCAAGUCUGGUUUCAGAACACCCGAGCUAGAGAAAGAAAAGGACAGUUUCGAGCAGUGGGUCCAGUUCAUACUCAUAAAAGAUGUCCCUUCUGCAGAGCACUCUUUAAAGCUAAAUCAGCACUUGAAAGUCACAUCAGUUCCCGACACUGGCAUGAAGCUAAGCAAGCAGGCUAUAGUGUGCCCCCAAGCCCCUUACAAACAGUAGAAGAUGGAGGUGGAAGCCCACAAAAGUACAGUUAUUUUGAAUAUCCAUCACUACCAAUAACAAAGACAGAGUCAAGCGAUUAUGAGCUGCCAACUGCAACAUCAACACCAAGUAAACAUGUAGAACUGCCACUGAAUAACUUUUUAAGCCCAUCAUCGUUAAAAGCAGAGAGCAGUGAUGAUGUGGAAGGCAUCAAUAUGCAUUCUGCAGAUGUUUAUGACCAAAACAAGAUGGAUUUUGAUGAGACCUCAUCCAUUAACACAGCCAUCAGUGAUGCAACCACUGGGGAUGAGGGCAAUAAUGAAGUUGAAAGCAUAACCGGCUGUACCAUUGAAACAAAGCCUGCAUAUUCACCUGCAGAACCCAAGGCUAAAACAAAUCCCACACCAACCUCAGGUAUAUGUGAUGAAAAAUUAUCCUACUGUCUCGUAAACUCAUUGAGUUUCUCUGGAAAGGAUAGUGACCAGUAUUAUAGCAUGCAAGAUGAUGACCUAGAUGACUACGCAGAUCAAAGUGAAACUUCCAGUUUAGCUGACCCGAGCUCGCCAAGCCCCUUUGGGGCCAACAAUCCUUUCAAAUCAUCAAAGUAUGGUGGAGAGAGGCUGGGUAAUAAGCGUUUUAGAACACAGAUGAGCAACCUGCAGCUGAAGCUUCUUAAAACAUGCUUCAGUGACUACCGGACUCCAACCAUGCAGGAGUGUGAAAUGCUUGGUAAUGAGAUAGGAUUGCCUAAGCGAGUUGUCCAGGUCUGGUUCCAGAAUGCCCGAGCAAAAGAAAAGAAAUUCAAGAUAAAUAUAGGAAAGCCGUUUAUGAUGAGUCAAGAUGGACCAAAAACAGAAUGUAGCUUGUGUGGCAUAAAAUAUACUGCACGUCUUUCCAUUCGAGAUCACAUCUUCUCCAGGCAGCACAUUUCUAAGGUGCAAGAAACAGUAGGAAAUCAGAUUGAUAGAGAGAAGGAUUAUCUUGCUCCCACAACAGUCCGUCAGCUAAUGGCCCAACAAGAAUUGGAUCGCUUGAAGAAGGCAACAGAUGUCCUUGGCUUGACAGCCCAGCAGCAAACAAUGAUUGACAGCAAUGCACUUCAUGGCCUUAGCCUGCCAACAGCUUAUCCAGGACUCUCUGCUCUCCCACCAGUCCUCCUUCCUGGAGUAAAUGGCCCUUCAUCUCUGCCUGGUUUUCCA